AUGGAAUCAAAAAAUAAUAAUAAUAAUAAUAGUAAUAAUACUACUACUACAACUCAAGUUGAUAAUAAAAAUAUAAAUAAUACACAACCACCAAAAACAAAUAAUUACCAAAGAAUGUUCAGAAGAUUAUUACAAAUGAGAAGUUCUCAACCAAAAACAGUUUGCCAAGAAAAAAUUAUUGCUUCAUAUAAAGUAUAUGGUUGGUUAAUUAGUUACGAUCCAGCUUAUGAAUCCACUGCUUUUAGAAAUGAAGUUCUUCUUGCUAUUGAUGAAAUCUUUGAUAUUGUCUUAGCAAUUUUAGAUAUGAUGAAGUGUUCAUCAAAUCUUUUAAUCCCAAUUAUUAUGUAUGCUGAUAAAUUUGUUACCAGAAGUGGUAUUAAACAUAAUCAAUUAUUUAAUUUAUUAUUAACAAGUACUGUUGUCUCAUUAAAAUUCUGGUCAGAAUCAACUCAAGUAAAUAAUGCAAUCAUUGCUGAAAUUUUUAAUUUUUCACUUAAAGAUAUGAAUUUAAUGGAAAGAAGAUUCUUACUCGGUGUCGACUAUAACCUCUUUUUAAAUAGCACCCACGUAAACAAUUUCCUCAUCCAACUUUAUGAAAACCAAAACAUCUUUUUAUCAAGCUUCAAACAUCAAUUUGUUCAACCACAAAUUUUUGUUAUGCCAGCUGACUUAGCCAAAUACCAACAAACUUUAAUUCAUAAAAAACAUUUCGACCAACUUCAAUUAGCCCAAAAGCAACAUUUAGAAAAAUUAGAGUCACAAAAGAAACAACAUGAAGAACAAAUUCAAAAUUUUCAACAACAAAAAAACAAUAUAAUAAAUAACAAUAAUAUAAACAAUACAAAUAUAAUUAACAAUAAUACCAAUACCAAUAAUAUAAAUAUAGUAAAUAAUAAUAAUAAUAUAAAUUUAAAUAAUAACAAUACAAAUAUAAAUUCAAAUUCUUAUAAUAAUAGUCAUCCAACUAAAAAACAACUUACAAAUCAAAGAUACCAACACCAACAAGCUUCAAAUCAACAACAACAAUUACAACAAAAGAUGAAAGAAUCAUCUAUAAAUUAUCAUGUUCAAAUGGUAUCUCCAAUGUGUUAA